AUGGCGGAAACACCAGUCACUACCACUGACUUGACAGCCGAGGCCUUGCCGGUCCGAGACAGCCCCUCAGAAAAGACGAUUCAGCUCCCCCCCGUCGAUCUUACCGAUCCUACCUUUCCCAGCACAUCCAUUCUUCCCAGCACACUCCCUCUUCCCAGCACACUCCCUCUUCCCAGCACACUCCCUCUUCCCAGCACACUCCCUCUUCCCAGCACAUUCUAUCUUCCCAGAACCCUCUCUCUUCCUAGAACACUCUCUUUUCCCAGCACACUCUCUCUCCCCGCCACGAACCCUGGCGACUACAUACAUACAAGCUGGAGCCCCGUCUACGCCCACACAGCCAAGUGCGACGGCUGCCAGGAGCACAACACCUCCGUCGUCCAACGCUGCGACCGCUGCAACCUCCAAUACUGCAAAGAUUGCAUGCACAAGGCCGUGGAUACGAAGAACCACAAGUAUGACAGUGCGCAGCUGGACUGGAAUGUCUCUUCUGCGCCAUCGACCUCCAGAGGGAGACGAGUUGCUCUGCCGCAACCGAGUGGGACUGGUACCCAGUCGGGUGCUGGAAAGCUUAGGUUGAAGGCUGCCAAGCGGAAGAUUAAGGUGAAGAUCCCGGAGAGGCUCAUGUCGGAGGCGGAGAAGUACGAUGCUACCAAGCCCCUCAAGGUUCAAGAGUAUGUUGUCUUGGAGGAUGACAACGAUGACUCACUGACCACCAAACCCUCGGGCAGUGAGGCUCCUGCUACUAAGAUCCUCGGCGAAAAUAGCCAGGUUGCGUCCCGGGUCAAGACUCAUGGAUAUGAUCAUGGGGAUGGCAACAGUGGCCUAUUUACUGACUCGAAUUCCUCUGGCAAGAAGCGUCCUAACCCUGGCAGCUUCGGCGCUGAUAGCCAGGCUGCUCCAAAGGGCAAGAUUCGUCGCUACAACGAAUAUGAGGAUGAAGGCGCUCCUCACCAGAUGGGGCCCUCGUCGAGAUACGACCACCCCUCUCACUUUAGCAAUGAUCUAGGCGCCAUUACAAGCAGUUUCAAGCGUCCCCGCUACACCUCACCCUACGUCAACGGCAACGGCAACGGCCACGGCAUGGCCACCACGUCCGCUGCUCAACACCAAACGUCCACUCCCGACCACACCUCCACACACAACGCACGCCUCAGCAGAUACUCCGGCCCCGGCUCAUCCAGCCCGCAAGCUCCUCCUCGGCCCUCGGCCCCGGCCCUCUUCGAGGUGGCUCACCCAGGCCACUUCUGCGACGCCGCCAACCUCCGCCGCACCGCCUCGACCCUGAGCGCGGCCAGCACCUUCGGCAACGCCAUGACGGCCGUCACGCACAGCAAGGCCGCGCUCGAGGCCCUGGGCGCCCAGCGCGCGGCCUUCGCAAAGGAGUGCAACGCCGCGUGGAACGAAGAGCCCCAGCUGCUGGAGCUGAAGGCCAAGGGAGACAUCGACGAGGCCAAGGAGCUCUGGAUGGCCGCUGCUCAGGUUCGUUUGCCCCAGUCCCAGUCCCAAUCCUAA